AUGUUGUCGAUUUUAGAUAAACGUAUUAACGAUAACGAAGUAUUUAGUAAAAAAAUCCAACUUUUAACAAAGCUUACGAAAAGGCAUGGUUCGAACGAUUGCCUGCCACGAGAUCGAAGCGAAUUACGUUGCAUAGAAGAAUGUCGCGUUGCAAUCGUCGGUUUGGGUGGUGUUGGUAGAUCUUUGGCGCAUUUAUUAAAGAUGUUUCCUGGAUCAUUAACGGAACUUCGAUUAUUGAAUAGAAGCGAUCCGUCGGGAAUAGUCGAAGAAUUAAAUCAAUUGCCUACGAGACUUCCUGUUUAUGGUAUUGGUGGAAUGGAGAACUUUUGUCAAGGUUUACGCGACGUGGACAUCGUUGUAAUAUCGGCCGGUGCAUCAAGAAAGAAGGAUACACCGCGAGAACAUCUUUUUUCGGACAACGCAAUUAUUUGCGCUAACAUAUGCAAGGCCUGCGUAGAAUCGUGUCCAACAGCAUUGAUAGCAAUAGUAUCAAACCCCAUAGACACUUUGGUACCCGUGGCUGCGCAUAUAUUCAAAAAAAAUGGCUGCUACAAUCCAGCCAAAUUAUUUGGUGUUUGCUAUUUGGACGAAUUAAGAGCUCGCCAUUAUUUCGCCGAUUUGAUUGGUGCCAAUCCAAAGUGGACUUACGUUCCCGUUGUGGCAUAG